AUGGGCUUCUUCAGCACCCAUGCGUCCGGGACGCAGGACCCCCCCGAGGUGCGGAACUGGCGCAUCCACUUGAUUGCGCUUGUUGCCAGCAUGUCCGCCUUGGCCAUGGGUUAUGAUACCGCGGUCAUCGGAGGCACGAUGGCGUUAGACUCGUUCCGGCGGGACUUCCACCUCGACGGGGUCCCAUCCUCGACCCGCGACACGAUCCAGGGCAACAUUGUCUCGACAUUCCAGGCCGGUUGCUUCUUCGGCGCCCUGCUCACCUUCCCUAUCGCCGAGAAGCUCGGCCGCCGAAAGACGGUCAUGCUGGCCGGCAUGGUAUUCCUCGUCGGCGGCACCCUCAUGACGGCGGCGAGCGGCAACCUGAACCUCGUCUACGCCGGCCGCGCCAUCGCCGGCCUCGGCAUCGGCGCGUCCUCCCUCACCGUCCCCGUCUACAUCGCCGAGACGGCCCCGCCCUCGAUCCGCGGCCGCCUCGUCGGCAUCUUCGAGAUCGCCUCCCAGGGCGGCGGCAUGCUCGGCUUCUGGAUCAACUACGCCACCGAUCGCACCAUCGACGUCAACUCCCGGGCCCAGUGGAUCGUGCCUCUCGGCCUGCAGCUCGCCCCCGGCCUGGGGCUCGCCCUCGGCAUGAUCUGGUGCCCCGAGUCGCCGCGCUGGCUCGCCCGCGGCGACCACUUUGACGCCGCAGAGCGCAUCCUCGUCCAGAUCCGCGGCCUGCCCGCCGACCACGAGUACAUCCGCCGCGAGAUGGGAGACAUCCGCACUCAGGUCGAGGAGCGCACCUCCAACAAGAUGACAAAGAAGCAGAUGUUCCAGAAGCUUUUCCAAAAGGGCAUCCGCAACCGUAUAGGCCUGGGUAUGACCCUCAUGUUCCUCCAGAGUUUCACCGGCGUCAACAUCAUCACCUACUACGCUCCGAGAAUCUUUGAGACUCUCGGCAUCACGGGCACGUCCACCAAGCUCUUCUCCACCGGGUUCUACGGCAUCGCCAAAACGUUCGGCAUGUUCCUCUUCACCUUCUGGGUCGCCGAGAGGGUCGGACGUAGGAAGGGUCUGCUAUGGGGAUCUGCUCUCGGCUGUAUCCCGAUGUUAUAUAUCGGAGGGUUUGUGUUGAAAAACGACCCGGCCAGAGCAGCUGCUUCGGGCGUCAUCAACCGGGAUGCUUGGGGCUACCUUGCCAUGACUUGCGUGUACAUCAAUGGAAUCAUCAUCUGCGCCACAUGGCAGGGAAUCACAUGGCUUUACGCGUCCGAAGUGCAGACGCUCGAAAUCAGGAUGUUGGCCGUCUCCAUCACGACCGCCACCACCUGGCUGGGUAGUUUCAUCAUCGCGCGAUCGACGCCGUACAUGAUUUCAGACCUCGGCUACGGGGCCUACUUCUUCUUUGGCGCCAUCCUCAUACUCAUGGGCGUCUGGGCCUUCUUUUUCGUCCCCGAGACCAAGGGCUUAACCCUUGAAGACAUGGACGCCCUCUUCCUGAACCCUACGCACAAGACGGUGUGGGCGCAGGUGAGAGGCAGACCCAUUAUGGCGCCUGAGCGCGCUAGAUCUCCAUCCAUCAGCGACGAGAAGUUCGAGGCCAACAUUGAGGCCCAGGUUGAGCGAGCUAGGUCAAAAGACUAG